AUGGCCAUUUUUAAGCCUCCUAAGGCAAUUCGUGGCGGUAUUCCUAUAUGCUUCCCUCAAUUUUCAAAUCAUGGACCUCUUGAACAGCAUGGAUUUGCUAGGAACAGAUUCUGGAGCAUUGACAGCGACCCCCCACCUUUUCCUACAAACUCCUCCAAUAAGGCUUUUAUUGACCUGAUCCUGAAGCCCUCUGAAGAAGAUAUGAAGAUUUGGCCUCACAGUUUUGAAUUUCGUUUGAGAGUAACUUUGGGACCUGGAGGAGAUUUGAUGUUGACAUCUCGAAUCAGAAACACCAACCUUGAUGGAAAGCCAUUUACAUUUACUUUUGCCUACCACACCUAUUUCUCUGUUUCAGAUAUCAGUGAAGUUCGUGUGGAAGGAUUGGAGACAUUGGAUUAUCUUGACAAUUUGCAGAAUAAGGAGCGAUUCACUGAACAAGGCGAUGCAAUAACUUUUGAAUCAGAAGUGGAUAAAAUAUAUCUCAGCACACCAACGAAGAUUGCAAUUUUGGAUCAUGAAAAGAAACGAACAUUUGUGAUUCGUAAAGAUGGACUUCCUGAUGCUGUGGUGUGGAACCCAUGGGAUAAGAAGGCAAAGGCAAUGGCUGAUUUUGGAGAUGAUGAAUACAAGCAUAUGCUGUGUGUGGAGGCUGCUGCAGUGGAAAAACCUAUCACUUUGAAGCCUGGUGAAGAGUGGAGAGGAAGGCAGGAACUUUCUGCUGUCCCUUCUAGUUAUUGCAGUGGACAGCUUGAUCCUCAGAGAGUUCUCCAGGGCAGCUGA